AUGUCAUCCUCGACAACACUAUCAGACCUCGCCUCUGGCUCGGGUACUAAGCCAUCCUCGACAACACUACCAGACCUCGCCUCUUGCUCGGGUACUAAGCCAUCCUCGACAACACUAUCAGACAUCGCCUCUGGCUCGGGUACUAAGCCAUCCUCGACAACACUACCAGACCUCGCCUCUUGCUCGGGUACUAAGCCAUCCUCGACAACACUAUCAGAUAUCGCCUCUGGCUCGGGUACUAAGCCAUCCUCGACAACACUAUCAGACCUCGCCUCCGGCCCGGGUACUAAGCCAUCCUCGACAACACUAUCAGACCAUAGUGCCCUCAGUCAAAAGAAGGCAAUAAAUGUAUUAAUGUAUAAAUCUUUCCUCAUUGUCUGUGAUAAUGUAUACACAAUGCAUAUCUGUCAUAACGUAAACAUAAACCACGUGGAUCUGUUAAAGGGAUAG